CCUAAAUGUAACCACGAGGGUUAAGAACAUCCCUAGCUCUGGUAGCAAUAUGUUUUUCGUAUCUGGGCUCUCUCCACCUUGGACUGUUAAGGCGGACCCGGUCGCGCUCCGCUGGACCGCGCGAUGUGCAGAGCCCUGCUCGGCCUGGGGCCGUCCCGCUACGCGCGCGGCCUGGCCACCAGGCGGCCCCCACAGCGGCUGGAGGAGGAUGUGGCGCAGCGUCUGCUGGAGCUUCGGGAGGUGAAGCCGUGCGUGGCCUGGCAGUGGGGCAGGUACUGCGCGGACGAGGGCGGCGGCGACCAGGACCCCCUCCGCCACGGCGAGAGCUUUAUCCGCGAGUUCCUCGCCCGGGAGGCGGCCGGCCGACUGCCGGCGGUGCGGCUCGCCACGCCAGCCAUGGUGAAGCGGCUCAGGCGUUUUCAGCGCCAGGGGGGCGCCGAGGCGACGCGGGCGUGGCACGACUACGCCCGCACCGAGGGGCUGGGCAUCAAGGACCCGAGGCUCAACGCCGCUGAGCUGGUGCAGCGCUUCUUGGACGGGCGCGCGGGCGGCGCGCAGGGCUCGGGUUUGGGCCCUGGCGCGGUGGAGGGCGAGCCGCGCCGCUGGGGCUCGCCGGCCGUGCUGAAGGGCCUCCGGGUGGCGCUGGUGCCGCCCGCGCGGCGGCUCGGGGUGCCGAGCGGUGGGGAGGCCAGCGAGCCCCAGGCAUGGGGCCCAGACGGCCUGCCCUGGGACGCGGCCCCAGCCGCGUCCUACGCCGAGCAGCUGGAGCAGAAGGUGCAGCGAGCGGUCGGCCUCUUCCUGGAGGCUGGCGCGGCGAUGCCCGAGCGGCUGCGGGUCUACGAGUCCGCCAGGCGGCACUACCGCACGCGGGCCUACUUCGACGUCGAGCUCUCUGCCGGGGCGCUCGCCUACCGCAAGGGCGCGAUGCGGCUGCGCUCGGACGCUCGCUGUGCCCCGAGUCUGAACAGGGCGCUGAAGGUCGUCCGCGACCGAGCGCUUCGCUCCGAGAGUCUCAGGCGUGGGCUGCACCAGGUGUUCGUGCACACCUCGGCCGGCGGGGACGCCAUAGCGAUGCUGAGCUACCGCGGGCGGCUGCCGGAAGGCUGGCGCGCGGCGGCGUCGGCAGUCCACGAGGAGGAGGCCCUCCCCGUCUGUGGCUACGCUUUCUCGCCCGCGGCGGCCGGGGGCGCCCACUGGGCCACGCGGGAGGGGCGCGCGGUGUGCGGGCGCGACUCCUUGUGCGAGACAUUCCAGUCCGGCGGUCGGUCGCUCGUGUACGAGCAGGCCAUCAGCCAUGGUGCGUUGGCCGCCCCGAGGGCCCAGGGCUGGGGGCCGGGGGGCAACCAAAGCAGGAUGCCCAGGCGUCCCGAACGGCCCCCCCGCCUGAUCGGCUUGUUUGGCCUUCAGGGCCUCUCUGGUUGCUGCUGGGCCCCCCUGAGCCCUCUGGGUGGCAGAACUGGCCGUGGGCCGUCGGUCUUUUCUCGCAGCCCAACGCCGAGGUCUGCCAGCGAAUGAUCGAGUGGGCCGAGGAGUGCACUCGAGGCGCGUCCGGCGACCUACUGGAGCUGCACUGCGGAGCCGGUACCUUUGCGCUGGCGGUGGCUCACAAUUUUGGGCGCUGCCUCGCGACCGAGCGGUGCGCCCACCCUGCUCGGUGGCUCUCGCGCGGGCGAAUGCGGCACGGAACGGAGCCGUCGGCGUGAGGGUGCUGCAGUUGGACAGCGCCGGCGUCGCUCAGGCCCUCGCCUCCGAUCGCCGCCCGGCGACAUCGGCUGGCGCCGCUGGGCUGGUGAGCUUCGAAGAGUACGGGUUCUGUACGGCCCUGGUGGAUCCACCGCGCUGGGGUCUGGACGGGGAGACUCGGGAUCUCCUCCACAGAUUUCCGAACGUUGUGUACUUCAGCUGCAACCCCGCGACGCAGGCUCUCGACCUCCGGCAGCUCCUGACGACGCACGAGGUGCAGGAUUGCGCUUUGUUCGAUCAGUUCCCGUACACCGGCGAGAUCGAGAGUGGCCUGUUCCUGACGCGAAGACGAGCGCCAGCGGGCAAAAGUCAUGUCGAGUCUCCGAUCUUAGAGUCCAAACGGCCUGUAGAUACUGUUGCAGAGUAAGAUUGCUGCAUCCUGGAGUGCCCUGAUGGGGAGUCCUACGAACAUUCUGGGUCUUUCUUCCUGCCCAUGUGGCACCCGCUCGGCCCCGUGAGUUUCCCUUCCG